UGUCACCUUCAGAGUCCGACAUAUUGGAGUUGAUGUAGAAAAGCACUUCAGGAAAAAAAAACGAACCUAGAGUUUGUUGAAACUGGGGGGGAAAUAACAUGUUGAUUGCUAUUCACUACAGCUGGGAGCAACCCCAGGGCCACGGCUGUUACACUUCAAACCAUAUGUUUUGCUGCCCUUUAUUACUGACCUUUUUGAAGAGCUUCCUUUCAGCCGGAAUACCAGCCAAUUACACAGACCGCACAACCGGGGAGAGUAGAACCUGCGUCUGAAUACCAAUCAGUUAAGAGGGUGCGCUCUCUCCCCCCCCCUCCGCUACUUGUGUGGCCGUCCAUCCCUGCUGUUCUGGGGUCGUCCCACGGACCUCCGCUGGGCGUCUCCCACGGACGAGCUCUUUCACGUCUCUUUGGCCUCCAGAGAAAAGCUCUGUUUAUCUCAAUGGCUUCUACUCUAACAAAGGAGAGGAAGCUGUGUGCCCACCCGUACGUCGAAGUCUACAGCCUGGGCCGCGUCCAGUACAUGGUCCCGCUGGCCCGCCAGGGAGACUUCUACGUGCCUGAGCUCCGCCAAUCAGAGAGGAGGGUUUCCGCAGGCGAGUUGUCGGGGAGUGAGUCAGACGUCUCAGGUGCGGACUCCAACAGCGAGUACAGCUCGGAGAGCGGGGUGCUCCUGAGUGACAGCCGGGAGGGCUCCGUCGCCAGGUCCUCGCCGUCCAGGUGCUCCCAGGGCCGGGAGAGGCGGACGGAGGGCUCCCGGGAGAGGGGCCCCAACGCCGCCGCCGCCACCUUUAGAGGCCCGACCGGGCGGGGCCGAGGGACCGGGCGGGGCCGAGGGGCCGGGGGCGAAGGCCCGGUCGUUAGUGAGGAGAACCACCAGGAGAAGACGGGAGAGGCGGCCGUGGGGGGUGGGGAGGAGUGA